UCGUAAUGUACUCGCCCGAACGGGCUGUACCACCUUCUACCAUACCGCUUGGGAUGGGGUUUAUCGUUUCAUCACCAAAGGUGGCCGCCAGCUUGCUUCGUUUCUGGAGGAGCCUGGUCACGUGCUCUACAGAUGUCAGGGACACGAGCGUGGACGGUGCAGCGUUAUAUAUACCCUGCACAAAUUAAGAGUUUGAUGCUACAUGAUGUGAAGCCGGGGAAGUCAAAGGAAGACUGUCAGAUGUCGUCCCCAGAAAGACAGAGGCGAAGUACCUCCUCUGGAAAACGACAACCUGUACCUCCAGCUUUAAGACUUAUGUCUCCCUUUGACAGCGAUCAAGAGCUCAAUGACUUGGAGGUAGCUAGCGUUUUAGAAGGGAAACAACAAGGGAAUGACUGCAUAUCACCAACAAAGUUAAAGAGACAUGAAACACCUUUCAGGCCUACAACUGUCAUGACCAACUUGCAAAGAGGAAAUGUGCAAACAACAACUCCUUUAUUCAAAAACAUCUCUCUUCAUCAAAUGGCAGCUCAAGGAGAAGUUACUCAUCUUCAACAAGAAAUCAAUGAUGGAUGUGAUGUGAAUAAAAUGGAUGCCAAUGACAUGACAGCCCUUCUCUGGGCAUGUGCAAAUGGGCAACAGCCUGCUGUUGAGUUAUUGAUCAAAUCUGGUGCCGAUAUCAACAUCUCUGGAAGUCAUGGUGAAAAUGCUCUUCUAUUGGCUAGUAGUAAUGGUUACCUGGGGAUUGUUGAGAUUUUACUCAAACUUGGCAUGGAUGUUAAUGUCACUGAUGAGACAGGGAACACAGCCCUGAUAUAUGCAGCAUACAGAAGUCAUGACAGUGUUGUAAAGCUGUUGUUGGAGUAUGGAGCAGACAUAACAGCACAGAAUGAGGAUAAUAUGAAUGCCAUGGAUAUGGUUGUGGGCCAAGGAAACAAACUCGUACAACAAGUCAUCGAGAGACAUAUGCUAUCAUUGUUUGAAUGACACUUUCAACAUGGAUCCCAAAAUGUUAAAUUUGGUCUAGGUUGUGAAUCAUGCUGUGACUGGCCAGUGUCCACCUAUUGGGAAUUAGUUGGGUCCUAUCCCACUAAAUUCAAUGGAGCUAGAACAGAGAUGCUGGCCAAGAAAUCGCACAUUAAAAUAAUUAAUUAGAAAUGGUGGUAAAGUACCUUGAAAAUGAAAACCAGCUUUGUUAAUGCAUUAUACGAACAUGCAACAGUUCAAUGUUAACAAGUGGUCUGGAAUUACAAGUAAUGAAGAAAGUGUGAAUUCGUAAGAGGUACAUUUAUUUCAUUUAUAAAAGAAAAAUUCAAUCAUUUUAUAUUGUAUAAAACAUUCUUUAAUAGAUGUAUCCAUCGAUACAUUGCAUACAAAGUCAUAAAUUACAAUACUAUGUGUAGUUAACAGUACAUUAAUGUCUGAGCACUUCUGAUAUACAAUAAAUUAUAAUGCCUCGAA